AUGGCUUCGUCAAGUAAACUACCCGGAACUGGAUUAGAAGAUGUUGGAGUACCUGGUCAAACUUUUCUUCGCGAUGCACUUACGAGUUGUACUGAUCCACUCAAAGCAAUUGAAGAAUUUCAAUUAGAAAACGGCAUAUUGCUUCCAUCUCUAAGACCUAUGCUUCCAUUACUUGAUCUCCAUGGAGUGCGUCGGCUUGAUUUUCAUACAUCUGUCUUAGAAGAAUUAAGAGAUAAACUAAUAGCACACAUAAAUGAGUUAGGUACGAAGGAUAAGAAAGAACAUGAAAAGAAGCUUAAAGAAUUAUUAAAUAAAAGCUUUCCUGUUGUUAAAGUAAAAGCUCUGAGACCAGUUAUAAUGAGCAUAUUAAAAAACACUCCACAUAUUGAUGACAAAUAUUUAAGAGUGUUAGUCCGUGACAGAGAUUUGUACAAUGACACAGAUACUGAGGUAAAAAGGCAGAUUUGGCAAGAUAACCAGUCUCUAUUUGGAGAUGAAGUAUCACCACUGUUAAGUCAAUAUAUUAGAGAAAAAGAAAAUGUACUAUUUGAUCAAGAGAACCUUUCAAAUUUAUUUUUCUCGCCAUCACCAAAAGUCAGACGACAAGGUGCUGUUGUACAGAAGCUAGCACAUAUGAUAGGGACAAGUGUGAAAUUGUAUGAUAUGGUGUUGCAAUUUCUUCGAACUUUGUUCCUUAGGACAAGAAAUGUUCAUUACUGUACUUUGAGGGCAGAAUUAUUGAUGGCUCUUCAUGAUUCAGAAGUUCAAGAUAUUAUAUCUGUCGAUCCAUGUCACAAGUUUACAUGGUGUUUGGAUGCUUGUAUAAGAGAAAGAAAUGUAGAUAUUAAAAGAUCAAGGGAACUACAAGGAUUUCUUGAUAGUAUAAAAAAAGGUCGUGAGCAGGUUCUUGGAGAUCUUUCUAUGACUCUAUGUGAUCCUUAUGCAGUAAACUUUUUAGCAACAUCUGCAAUUAAAAUUCUUCAACACCUUAUAAAUACAGAGGGGCUCCCGAGAGACAAUACAAUAUUAAUUUUAUUGCUUAGAAUGUUAGCAUUAGGUUUAAGUGCAUGGGAAAUGAUUGAUUCACAAGACUUCAAGGAACCUAAGCUUGAUAGCCAAGUAGUUACUAAAUAUCUUCCAGCACUGAUGUCACUCAUGGUAGAUGAUCAAGUCAGAGCACUGCAUAAUAAAUUGCCCCCUGAUGAAAGAGAGUCUGCCAUCACAACCAUUGAACAUUCUGGGCCUCCACCUGAUGCUUGUGAAGCCUAUAUGAGGGAAAGUCCAGUUUGUGGUGUUUUAGCAAUGUAUUACACUUUACAUGCAGCUAAAUUAAGGGAUAGAGGAGCUAUUCUAAGAAUUCUUAGUAUAUUAGGUAGUUGUAAAGAUGGUAGAGCUUAUGAGGAUCCAUUUCUACAUGCAUUGGUAGCUUUACUGAUACAGUUGCCUGAUGAAUUCCAAGGUGAAGAUUUCAGUACUGUACUAUUUGAUGAAUUUUUCUUUGCUGGUUUGUCAAAGGACAAUGUUACUAGACAUUUAUUGAAAUUGCUAUGGUACAUUCACCCAAAGCUGCCGGAAACUAGAAUUCAAACUUUAAUGAAGGCUUUGCAGCCUGGUACUCAACACAAUGAGUCAGUACAUAAAUUAUAUGAAUCUUUACAACAGAAAAUGCAUACUCAAGCUGAACCAGCCCCUAGCACUAGUGAGAUGGAAUAUUUGGACUCUCCGCUCAUGAGUGUCCCAACACCUGCACCUUAUCACAUG